UAUACCGAAAACUUAGCGUUUCACCGCUGGACCGCUGCUGCUGUGUAUUUGUAUUGGAAGCAUCUGUAUGUGUGGCCAAGACUGCCAAACGAUCCUCUGGGGGGGGACUGGGAUCUCCACGGUUGGUGCGGAUGGUGCUUGUAGGUGUGCUUGCGGAAACGAAACAUGGUCAGAGUACAACAUUGUUGGGCUGCCAUCCUGUGUUCCGUCGAAGGCACACGUGGUCUUCGGCACAGUUGGGGUGCUCAUGGCGACGACAAGCCUGUGCCAUUCAGCAUAUCAACUCUAUCGCCAGGUCAAACAUCACAGACAGGUCAUCACGGCAUCCAUUUCCUCGGUAGAGAAAUGUCGUAGAUGGCUUCAUAUCGUCGUGAUUAUCCACGCCGUCAUCGGCCUAUGCUAUUUUGGAAUGGUGCUGUUGCUGGACAGCGAGCGACUGUGGAUGUCGACCAUCUUCAUGUUGAGCGCAGGCCAAACCAUGAUGACCAUCGGCGGUAUUUUGACCGUGCGCAUGUGGAUUUACUGCAACGAUCCCCGGCUGACCCGAGAGACACCGGAAAUACUGGCGAUAUCGGAAGCGCUAGAACGGCCGACAGGGUGCUUUGUGUCCAAUACUGUGAUGUGUGUAGGCCCUGCCAUUGCAACUGUCCUAGCAGUGGCUAAGAGUUUGCAAGCGGCCGGCAAGGUCUCCGCGGUAGCGUUUCUGGGUUUGAUCGUAUUCUGCGACUUCAUCAUCUUGAAGAGCGGUACUGCCCUUUUGCGAACUGUGAACAAAUAUUUGCGUAACACCGUGGAGCGUUCCGAGAGGAGUAACAGCAUAGUGGCAGGAACGGUAGGAUCACUACCGCUCUUGAAAGCAGCGAGGAAGAACAUCAAGUUUGCGUUGUAUUUUUGCCUCGUUGUGUCCCUGUUGACCGCGUUUCUCAUGAUCUGCCUUUUCACGACCUAUGGAGCGACAGCACCGUUGAUUUUUUUCGGCAUUCCGUAUGGAUUCUCACCGCCCGUAUGGUUCGUUUUCAACGUCCAGCUGCACGCUGGGAGGAGCAGGAGUCGUACCUCAACCGAUGUCGUUUCAGGCGCUAGCAGCGUAAUUUGGAAAGUGUCCAGUGUCGCAACUACAAUCGUGUCUAGGGUCAAAGGAGCUGUGCUUGGUAGCAAGCGGUUUGUGGUUCCGGCUUUGACCCCCGCUUCGCCCUAG